AGCGCGGUGCGGGCGGGCCGGGGGAGCGGCGGUGCCUGUCGGAACUCCGGGGCUGGGCUCCCGGGACGCAAGUGCAUCUGCUAGCUGUUAGCGCUUGGCAGACCGAGCACCCCUCCAGGGUGGUUCUGACUUGGGGUAAUGAUGUUUGUCAGCUGCCUGAUCCUAACCUUGCUGCGCGCUCAGACAGCAGUCGCCGCGAGACCUGGGGGAGAGAGCAUCGGCUGUGACGACUUCCUGGACUCCGACAAGGUGGUGGACAAAUGUGGGGUGUGCGGCGGAGACAACUCGGGCUGCCAGGUGGUGUCUGGUGUGUUCAAGCGGCCGCUCACCAGCCUGGGCUACCACCGCGUGCUGGAGAUUCCGCAGGGAGCCACGAAAAUCAACAUCACCGAGAUGCACAAGAGCAACAACUACCUGGCCCUGCGCAGUCGCUCCGGCCGAUCCAUCAUCAACGGGAACUGGGCCAUCGACCGGCCCGGGAAAUACGAAGGCGGAGGGACCAUGUUCACCUACAAGCGUCCCAAUGAGAUCUCCAGCACAGCCGGAGAGUCCUUCCUGGCCGACGGCCCCACCAACGAGAUCUUGGAUGUCUACAUGAUCCACCAGCAGCCCAACCCCGGCGUGCACUACGAGUAUGUUAUCCGGGGCACCAACGCCAUCGGCCCGGAGAUGCCACCACUCAGGAGAUCAGGGCAGCCCUUCAACGGCCAGCUGGUGACAGACGGCAGGAGCCAGGACGAGGGGGAGCAGGAGCGGAGCGAGGAGACGGAGGACGUGGGCAGCCCCAACAGCCCGGUGCCCCCAGCGCCGCAGCCACCGCGGCGGAGCCCGGGCCACAGGUGGAAGCAGCUGGGGGUGACGGAGUGCUCAGCCACCUGCGGGAAAGGAUCGCGGUCACCCAUUUUCCGCUGUGUGCACAGAAGCACGCAGGAGGAGGUCCCCGAGAGCUACUGCGACGCCAGCGUGAAGCCGAGCCCCGAGGCCGAGCCGUGCAACAUCUUCCCCUGCCCGGCCUUCUGGGACAUCGGCGAGUGGUCGCAGUGCAGCAAGACCUGUGGCCUAGGCACGCAGCACCGGCAGGUGCUGUGCCGCCAGGUGUACGCCAACCGCAGCCUCACCGUGCAGCCCUACCGGUGCCAGCACCUGGAGCGGCCUGAGACCGCCAGCACGUGCCAGCUCCAGAUCUGCAGCGAGUGGCACAUCCGGGCCGACUGGACCUCGUGCUCGGUGCCCUGCGGCGUGGGGCAGAGGACCCGCGACGUGAAGUGCAUGAGCAACCUCGGGGACGUGGUCGCCGACGAGGAGUGCAACGUGAAGCUGCGGCCCAGCGACAUCGAGAACUGCGACAUGGGGCCCUGCGCCAGGAGCUGGUUCCUCACCGAGUGGAGCGAGCGGUGCUCGGCAGAGUGCGGGGCUGGAGUGCGGACACGCUCGGUGGUGUGCAUGGCCAGCCACGUCAGCAGCCUGCCCCUGGAGGGCUGUGGGGACAACCGGCCAGCCGAGGCCACCCCGUGUGAUAAUGGGCCCUGCACGGGCAAGGUGGAGUGGUUCGCGGGCAGCUGGAGCCAGUGCUCGGUGGAGUGCGGCCCGGGGACGCAGCAGAGGGAGGUCAUCUGCGUGAGGAAGAACGCGGGCAGCUUCGAGGUGCUGGAGCCCUUCGCGUGCUCCUUCCUGGAGCGGCCCGCGAGCCGGCAGGCCUGCCACCUCAAGCCGUGUGGCGCCACGUGGUUCAGCACCGAGUGGAGCGUGUGCUCCAAGAGCUGCCAGGGUGGCUUUCGGGUCCGGGAAGUGCGGUGCCUGUCGGACAACAUGACCCUGAGCGACCGCUGCGACCCUCAGUUGAAACCAGAAGAGAGAGAGACCUGUAACCCCCAGGACUGCGUCCCUGAAGUUGAUGAGAACUGCAAGGACCAGUACUACAACUGCAACGUGGUGGUGCAGGCACGCCUCUGCGUCUACAGCUACUACGAGACCGCCUGCUGCGCCUCCUGCACCCGCGGGGCCCAGCGGCAGGCCGGCGUCCUGGGGAGCAGAUGACCCCGCUGGCCCAGAGCCCUGACGGCCAGCUCUGGCGCCACCUUGUCCUCAGUGAAGCAUGCAUAGGGCCCCCAGGAGCCUGUGCGCAGCAUGCUCUAAGCCACCACGGUCCCUGCGGUGUCCACCCUGUGCUCUGUCAACCCCUCCCUGCCUUUGGGCCUGGACCAGCCCAUGAUGCUCUCGGAAAACCAUGCAGAGGGACGCGCCCGCCACUCUCGCCCAGACCCCAUCCCGGCACUUCCUGAGCUGGCAGAAGGGCCAGGUCAUGCCUCACCCACGCUCCUGGUCUUCAGCACCCCUGCAGGUGGGAGGAGGCGGUGCUUGUCCAGAGCCCGCCCUGCUCGGCCUCGUUGCCCGCUUCCCUCUGCACUUCAGCCCGGCUGUGCCCCGCCGUGCCAGGGCGUUGCGCUGUCUUUCUGCCUUGAGACGCAAGCAGCUCGUGUUGACCCCACGCUUCAGUGUUGAGUAGGUGCCUCAGAGAGUAGCCCUUGAGCCACUCACAGCUCCCAGAAUGGGAGCAGGCACAGAUAAUCACCCCAUCUUACUGACCAGGAAACUGAGGCCCAACUCAGGUAUUGCCCUGUCAGGUGGAGUCACCCGUUCAGUGGUGCCCCCCGCCAAGGUGAACACUGGUGCCCUCCUCCCACUCCUCUCCAGGGCCUGCCCCGAGGCUGCAGGUGUGCGUUCAGAAACCUGCAAAAUGCCCCUCCCACAGACAAAGCCCAGGCCUUUGAAUGCCUUCCUCAGGUCACAGGUCAAGGCCCAGGUGUGUCUGCAGGUGCCUUCAGCUCCGUCCUCAGCCUUGAACUCCACCACGGAACAGGCUGGACCUUGGCCCUCCACCCCUGUCCGUCCCUGUCCCUGUCUUUUUGGUUUGGUUUCUGGAUUUCCCUCUGGAGCCCACCCCAGGCCAGGAGCCCCCUGCCUACCCAGCUGUGGCAGAGGCAGCCGUCUGCCUUCCGAGGCAUCCUGAGUCCCGGGCCUGGCUGCUGAACUUGGCCUUCUCUUCUGGAGAGCCCGGGCGCUCCCUCCCUGUGCAUGCAUGCCACCCAGACUCAGCUGAUAGCUGAAGGAGACCAGCAGGGCUCCUUCCACCUCCCCCUCCCCAGCCAUCUCGGGGAGUUUGUCCUGCGCGUGGCCACUCUCAGAUCUCACUGAACACGUCAGUCGCGAGGGGGAUGGAGGGCUGUGUGGCGUUCUGUCUAGGAUGGGGAACAGGCAGCGUGGGUGGGGAGAAGAGGAAACGGCUGGCUCUGGCUGAACUUCGAGAGGUUCCCGGCCGUCUCUGCUGUUUGGCUGGGGCCUGGGUGGCUGCGGGUCCUGUCCCCCAGAGCCGCCGUGACCCGGGUGGGCCCUGAGUAUCACCUGCUGGUUCUGCUCUGGGACCGUGCCCCUCCCGUGAGUGUCAGGAGCAGGAAACGGCAGUCCUGUGCAUGUGGAGGGCGGGUCCAUGGGCUGCCCUUGGCGCUUGCUCGUCCCCAGAGGUUCCCGACCUCUGGAGCAGGGGUUUUACUGCUCUGCCGAGUAGAGUUUGCGGACCUCUUCGUUUCCUAGGUCAGCAGCUCAUUGCCUUUCUUCCGGCACAGCGCCUUCGGCCAGGGUCUGGGUGUCCCAGCAAGGGCUCUCCUAGCGUGGGGCACGGCUGCAUUUCUUCUCCCGCCUUAGCAGGCACGUGUCCUGCCCACCCCCUCCCAUCACCGCCAUCUGCUCUCUCCCUGCGAUCUCGGCCUGCCUGUGCUUCGGAGGUGGAAUCUCACGGUUUCCGUACUCCUCCCCCACCCACCAUGUACUGGAGCGCCUGAGUCCCUGCUGAGUUUUAAAUUAAAGCUGGUGUGUUUUUCCUCACAAAAAUCAGCAAAGCUCCAACCAAGAAUGGCUUGGGUUUUUAAUUCUCUCGAUUGCCAGAGGAAACUGUGCCUCUUACAGCCAUGUGCGUUCCAUUCACCCGCUCACACCCAGGACUGACUGCCAGGGCUCCGUGCCAGGAAGGGGUAGCCUGAGCGCUAGGGGCAUCCCAUACCCGCAGCACACAAGCUGGUGCAGGAGCAGAUGCAGGUGCGCCCCCCUCCCGUCCCCCCGCAGGAGCCACACGGGACGGGCCUUGGCUCACCGUCCUGUGCCUGUCUUCUCUGGCGGGGGCUCUGCAGGUUCCCGUUCCUUCCUUGGGUGUGGAUCGCCUGCUUAGUCUGCGUGGCUCCUUCCCUUGCAGAAGUGUGGCCUUGGGAGGGUGAGAGGAGCGAUGCGGCUGCACUGACUUGUUGCUGUGGGGCAGGGACAGGAACCUGGCAGCUUCCCCAGCUGCUGUCCAUUUUUCCAAUAAUGCAGCCUAACACAUUAGAGUGGGAACAGAGGUGUCCCAGUGUGGUAGAGAUGGGCAUAGGGGUAGUGACAGGAAACGGGGCUUGCCUCUAACAGGCAAAGGCACCUGUGACACCCUCGCAGAGGUCGGCCAGUGUGGCCCUCGCUGUGCAAAACACCUCCGCUAGGAGUCAGACGGGAGGUUCUGUCCAAACAUGCAUGAGAAAAUGGGGUUAAAGAAUGAGGCUAUUUUUGGGCAAAAAGUAUUUGGCAAUCAGUAUAUACCCAGCUCCAUUUUUCCAUGAGCGUUUUGAAGUCAUCUUGAAGAUGCCACUGAGUUCCUGUCGCCAGCUCCAAGUUCCCGCUCCCAUCCAGCCUCGUCACACCCAGUGCGGGGCCCCUCCCCAGCAGGUUGGGGUCAUGGGUGGCCUGUUGGGGUUGUCCACCAGGGGGAGGCAGAGCGUAGCCGGCCUCCGGUGCCUUGUGUGCUGUCUGCAUCCUGAGCUCUGUUCUGAGGGUGAUGGGGGGCGGGGGGCUUGCAUGGUGCACCAAGGGGCUGGAAACAUCAGCCACAGCCCUUCACCCCGUGAGAAGAGAGCCGCCCAGUGCCGCCUGCCUGGGCGCUGUGAUAACUUAUUGUGCUGUGUAAAUACAAGGUGUUUAUAGAAAUUGUAAUCUGGGCUCUAUCUACAGAACGAGUCGCUACACAAAAAUAGUUCUAUCCUUUAGAAUAUGUUGACUGUAAAGUAUUUAUUUCCAUCCACGACCCACACGCACACGGAUCGCCGGCUCCCGCUAAGCCAGCGCCAGCGUGCGCCGUGUAGCCACACGGCAAGAUCCUGAGCUGCCCACUGACCCGCGUCUCCUUUGCCGUGGUACAUUCACUGGUGUCCGAGGAGCUGCAGGGCAGGCGCUGCGGUGUAUGGGUAAAAGGCAGCCUGGCUCUUCUCGGCAGUUUAAAGUGGCAACUAUUUUUGUGUAUGACUAAUUUAUUUGUAUUAUUGUAAAAAUGCAAUAAAUGCGCCAAAAGACUGGCUUUGUCGGUA